AUCACGUAUUUGCUAAAUAAUAAACGUUGUAUUUGCACGAUUCUGUGUUAAUUUACUAAUAACUAGAAUUUGUUUUAUGAAGAUGGGGAGGUUUAUUUUGUCGGCGACAAAGGGGGAGGAAUGUUGUCGACGCACAACGUCUACAGCUAGCCAGCUAACCAGAGACUUGAGCUAGCUAACUAACUAGCAAACAUAGUCUUGUUUUGAACUUUUGACGUAAUGGGGGAAAAACCGUUGAAGAUCCUUGCAUGUGGUGACGUAGAGGGAAGCAUUAAUGCUGUGUUUAACCGCGUUCGGACCAUCCAGAAGAAGAGCGGCCAGUUUGAUCUGUUGCUGUGUGUAGGAAACUUCUUCGGUUUGUCUCCAGAAGCUCAGGCUGAAUGGCAGGAGUACAAAUCUGGAGUAAAGAAAGCUCCCAUCCACACAUACAUCCUGGGAGCAGCCAGCCAGGAGACCCUCUGCUUCUUCCCCAGCGCUGACGGCUGUGAGCUGGCUGACAACAUCACAUACCUUGGUCGUCGUGGUGUUUUCACAGGGGCGUCAGGCCUGCAGAUAGCGUAUGUGAGUGGUCGUGAGGGGCAGCAGGAUCCGGCGCCAGCUCACUGCUUCUCUCCUAAAGACCUCACUCAGCUGGUGGAGCCACUGCUUAGCAACAAACAGUUCAAAGGAGUGGACAUCUUGCUGACAUCACAGUGGCCCCGCGGAGUCUGGCAGUACGCCAACAGCCCCGAAGUCAACACUAAGUUCUGUGGAACAACCUCCAUCUCCCAGCUGGCUUACAAGCUGAAACCGCGCUACCACUUUGCUGCUGUAGAGGGCGUUCACUAUGAGAGACUACCUUACAGGAAUCAUGUGGUUCUUCAGGAGAAUGCUCAGCACGUCAGCAGAUUUAUUGCCCUGGCAACCGUCAACAACCCUGAGAAGAGAAAGUACCUGUAUGCGUUCAACAUCAUCCCGAUGAGAAGCAUGGAGGCAUCAGAGCUGGUCAAACAGCCUCAGGAUGUCACUGAGAACCCGUACAGGAGGAUGGUUAGAGUGGAUACUCUGUCUGAUCCCACUGACCAGAAACCGGCGUCUCAGUUCUUCUUUGACCUGGGGAAGAAGCAGCAUGGAGGGGGGCGUGGCAGGAAGAGGCCCUCAGACGGAGACGGGCAAAAUCAAGGCCAGCCGUGGGAUUCAGGCAGGCCAGACAGGCAGAGUCAGGGACUGGCCUUUGAUUCAGACAGGCUCAAACAGCCCCGCAGGCCCCCCCAGCCCAGCGGUCCCUGUUGGUUCUGUCUGGCCAGCCCUCAGGUAGAGAAACAUCUGGUCAUCAGCAUUGGCACACAUUGCUACCUGGCCCUAGCUAAGGGCAGUCUGACCCCCCAGCAUGUGUUGGUACUGCCCAUCGGACACUGCCAGUCAGUAGUGGAGCUGAGCUCUGAGGUGGUUAAAGAACUGGACCGAUACAAGAUGGCUGUCAGGACUUUCUAUAAGAGCAGAGGACAGCGCUGUGUCCUGUUUGAGAGGAACUACCACAGCCAACACCUGCAGAUACAGGUAGUCCCAGUGCCAGAGGAUAAGUGUACCACUGAAGAUAUUAAAGAAGCCUUCAUGCUGCAGGCGCAAGAACAGAACAUGGAACUGAUGGAGAUACCACAACAUACUGACCUCCAACAGAUUGCUCCUCCAGGGACACCGUACUUCUACGUAGAGCUGGACUCUGGAGAGAAACUCUUCUACCGCAUUCUGAAAAACUUCCCUCUGCAGUUUGGCAGGGAGGUGUUGGCCAGCGAGGCGGUACUGAACGUCCCGGAGAGGGCAGACUGGAGAGAGUGUAAACAGAGCCGAGAGGAGGAGGAGAGUCUGAGCAAACAACUACGAGACGACUUCCAACCAUACGACUUCGCCCUGGAAGACUGAGCACCCCCCCACGUUCCCAUCCAGUAGGGGUGUCCCGUUGGGCACGGGGACUUCUGGAAUAACAGAACCAGGCCUAUAGGCUAUGCUGCCUGGUAGGCCUAUGGCUCCAGUAAAUCUGAUCUGAAAAAACCAAUUUCAGGCUAUUCCGUUAAAACAACUAGAGUAAUCAAAAUUCAAAUCUUAAUUGGCGUAUUUAAAAAAACUGUCCUUUUAUGAGGCGCAGUGAGGGAACUAGUUCUGUACGAUGGCGAUUGGUGGGGUCGAUAAACCCAAGAGGAUCGUCCAUCGUUCAAAUCUCCAGUUUGGGAACAUUUUUGGGCUUUCAAGUAAAUUCCAACAGUGAUGGAUGUAGUUGUGGAUAAAACAUUACCAGGAUACCGCUGCUGCACAGCGAGAAUAGCUGCUGCCAAAAACCUCCAACAUGUUGACACGUUUACGCAGACAUCACCCCAGGAAACCGUAGCGUGACGGAAACACCAAGAAAUCACACGACAUCCUCUCCCCUCUGCAUUCAAACCGGGCCAAAGAAACUCAGAGCGAUAGGUAGGCUAUGUUUUAUGUUUUACAGUCUUUUGGUUGAUAGCCGCGGAUAUGAGGCCGUUCUCGGGGGUUGAGAAUGGGGGGUUUCAGCACCUCGUCAAAUUGCUCGAGCAACGUUACGAACUUCCCCUUUUCAACGGGUAGUACCCACUUUAUAUGCCACAUACGACUGGGAUAAAUCUACAUUGUACGUCCCUCCAGCUGGUGAUUACUAAGUGGGAAACUAUCACUGUGAGGGCCCACGUCUCCCACAUUCUGACCUCCCCUACUAAGGACAUGGCCUCUAUAGCAGUAGUUUCCCCACCUCUCCCACAUUCUGACCUCC